AUGGCGUUCCGGCAGGCGCUGCAGCUGGCGGCCUGCGGCCUGGCGGGCGGCUCGGCCGCCGUGCUCUUCUCGGCCGUGGCGGUGGGAAAGCCCCGCGCGGGUGGGGACGCGGAGCCGCGCGUGGUCGAGCCGCCGGCGUGGGCGGGAGCCGUGCACCCCGGGCCCGGUGUCUGGAACCCCAACUGGGACAGGCGAGAACCACUCUCUCUGGUCAACCUCCGGAAGAGGAACUCGUGCUCCGGAGACGAGGACGUGGCGUCCAGGAUAGACAACUACAAAGCCAAGGCCACGCGGCACAUCUUCCUCAUCAGGCACUCCCAGUACCACACGGAUGCCCCCCGGGAGAAGGACCGCACCCUGACACCCCUGGGUCGUGAGCAGGCUGAGCUCACUGGCCUCCGACUUGCAAGCUUGGGGCUGAAGUUUAAUAAAAUCGUCCAUUCCUCCAUGACCCGGGCAGUGGAAACCACCGACAUCAUCAGCAAACACCUGCCAGGGGUCUGCACGGUCAGCACCGACCUGCUGAGGGAAGGCGCCCCCAUCGAGCCCGACCCGCCUGUGUCUCACUGGAAGCCGGAAGCUGUGCAGUAUUAUGAAGACGGAGCCAGGAUUGAGGCCGCCUUCCGGAACUACAUCCACCGGGCGGAUGUCAAGCAACAGGACGACAGUUACGAGAUCUUCAUAUGCCACGCCAACGUCAUCCGCUACAUCGUGUGCAGGGCGCUGCAGUUCCCUCCAGAAGGCUGGCUCCGCCUCUCCCUCAACAAUGGCAGCAUCACCCACCUGGUGGUCCGGCCGGACGGCUGUGUGGCACUCAGGGCCCUCGGGGACACAGGGUUCAUGCCUCCGGACAAGAUCUCCCGCUCCUGA